AUGUCCUCUGCAAUACCAAUAACGGACGUAUCAUCCACUAAAAUGGCCAUAACCGAGACACAAACUUCAAAUUCGGAACGUUUUGCUGUUGCCGUACAACGUGUUGAUGACCUCGUGGAUGAUAAUGGUAAAUUGCUCGCCGAAAGGAUUGAAGCUGUUAUCAUGAGUUUUGAAAUAAAAGACGAUCAAUUGUUGGUCAACAAUGUCCCCGUUGAAUUAAAUGUAGACUCCGUUCAGGUCAUAGAAGCACAAAUCGUUCCGGCUAAUAUCAAUGCAAAACAAUUGGAACAAUACAAUGACAACUUUGACAUCGGUCUCGUCACCGUUCAGGUCUUACCAGUUGCUGAAUCUUUAAAAACUGAUGAUGAAGGUGUUGCACUUCGUCGUAUCACAAUAACCGUCCGUGUUAUAGAAAUUGACGGUGUUGAUGUUGUUACUCAAGAUGCCGUCGAGAAAGUUUUGGAAUUCAAAUUAUUGGAAAUCGCAGACGGAGACCAAGACGUCCUUGUUCCUUUCUAUCCUGAAGAUGAUUUAACUUCAGCCAAGAAAGAUAAAAUGGCUGAAAUUCAAAAUAAAAUCACGUGUGCUUUCCGUUCCUUCGCCGCCCGCGUUCGUCACUGGUGGCGUUGUUCCUCACGUUUCACUCGUAUCAUACUUGCAUCUCUCUUCCUUACCGCCUUAUUCGGUGUGAUCUUUAUGGCCAUUCCAGCUGCUGUACAAGCUUUAAUUGUACUUGUACGUCAUCGUUAUUCAUCAUCCCCUUAUAUUGCUGUCGCUGUUCAUGAUGAUGAGCCUCUAGAUGAGCAGGUUAUCUUUAUCACUGAUGAGGAAAAACGUGCCUUGUUGGAACAAGAAAAGGAACUUGUCCAGUAA